CCGGCGCCCGCCUGCCACUAUUCACAUCAGUAAUGUCUCCUCGUUCCCAUUGCAACACCCAGCCAGCCGCCGAUGGAUCGUUAAUCCGCGGAUUGACGUUCCACCGCAAUCAUGAACGAUUUCUUUGACGACGACGAUUUUGACGACUUGAAUGACAUCGCCCUUCAAGAGCUCGAGAACAACGCCAUCCAGUUCACCCAGAUACAGCGCAAACCCGACUCUCCCCAACCCAUUGAUCGUUCCCAAGUCGAAACCUACGAUGACCUUGAGUUCGAAGACGACGACCUCGAUGACACAGAGGUAACCAACGAGCUUUUGCCUCCCCUCGCGCGUCCUGUCGCAGACAAGACCCUCACCCACCAUCCGCCCCAACCCUCGAGACACACUGCUCUUCCACCCCAGCAGCGGUGGAACCCACCGCCUGCACCGGCCAACCCCCCGGUCCUCUCCUCACGGCCGAGAUACCCUCCGCCGGUGCCGUCAUAUGUUCUCCCGAAUCCUUCACAGCGUUUUGCAACCGGCCCAGCCGUCGGUACUUCCUAUCGUCCUCAUCCCAGUCCAUACCUCCGGCCUCCCGUUUCGUCCCGCCUCGUCCUUCAGCAGUCACAGUCGCAAGCCCCUGUGGUAGUCGGCAACGACGUCGUCGCUGCCCUGCAGCAACGUGUCAACGCCCUAGAGUCCGAGCUCAACUCCACCCGCGGCGAGGUCUCCAUCAUACGCACCAAUUCCACAAAGGCUGAGCAAGACCACGCUGCCGAGGUUGCCCGUCUCAAAAAGCAGAAUGCCGAACAGGCUGCGAGGCAGGAGAGGGCAGUCGAGGCCGCCGUGGCUGCCGAGAGACAGGCCACCACCGAGUUACAGUUUUUACAACGAGACAUGAAGGACGCAUCGAGCCGGCCUCGUCCGAGGGAGACGGCUCCGAUUCCUGCCGCGGCAGGAACAACCACACCCAAGAAGACAACCAAAACGUGGGGCAUGGCCGACGGCUUCGACGAUAUGGACAUUGCCCCGAGCCCGAGCAAGACGAGGGGCAAGACUCGAGAUGCUGGACCCGUCGCAGUGCCUCUCUCCGAGAGGACACCAACCAAGGGCAAACGGAAAAGGCCCACCGUCGACAGUCCCGUCAUGGCUUUGGAAACCCACGCCGAAGACAUCAUCAUGGUCGACGAAGUGACGACUGUGCCCUCCGCGGUUCGUCAUCUGGGUCCUGUUCCGAACACGCUUCCUUUUGAGUUCCUUCAGGUCAUAUUGGACCAUGGAUCCCUGCAUGGAGAGCCGCCUACGUUUGACAUCUUGUCGCGUUACUCAUAUCCGUCCGAUCCAGCAACAUCCUUCGCCUCUCUCAUCUUUCGGGAACUGCCUCUGAUGGGCAACCCGUCAAAUCCGGUUCAACUGCUGAUAGACUUCGCCCGCCACGUCGUCUGUAUGUGGAGUAAAUGCUUGGACGAGGGCUUCCUGCGGCCAAUAUGGGACUUGGCCUCUCUCCUUUCCUUCACUCUCCAGUUACAGACCAUUUCCGUGGUCCCGCAGAUCAUCGAGGAACUAGUCCCCGUUCUGCAACAAUCCAUCUACAUGGUUGCUGAGGCACGAUUCAAAAGCAUAGAUGGCAACAUCUCAUCCGAUUCCAACGCGGAAGCGAUGCAACAGCAGGUCGAUACGACGUACAUCCUCUCUCUUCUCCACGCCUCGGCCGCGGCCUGCGCCACCACCUUGACAGAAACGGACAAUGGUGUGCAAACGAGACAGGCUGGCUUCUGGCAGUUGGUCACCCUCGACCUGGUUCUCAUCUUGCUGACGCCUAAACAACGCCUCGACGACAUCAUCGGCAUGCUCGACAUGCUCUGUACUUCCACCCUGCCUAGCUCCAUCGGCCCCAUCAUUCCGGGAAAAGAGCCCGAUUCGGUCGCCAGAAUGGUGAUUGACAAAGUGUCUCUUAACCUUGUUGACUUGCCCCGAGCCGCCUCUUCGACAGGCCAGAACCACGCCGUGAGAUGCGCUGUCCUGCGGACCCUCAUGGCCUUUGCUCGCACCCCAUAUGGGGCAAGACAGAUCGCGGGCCACGUCAGUGUCAUACCACGCCUGGUCACAGCACUGAGCGAGCUGGUUGAUGUACUGUACGACAUUCCGGACCCUGUGGUGAACGCCGUUAGUGGCGGCGGCCCUACCCAGGCGCGCAGGGACGGGGCCGUGAGUGCUACCCCGGAUAAUCCCCGCGAAAGUGCCGACGGGUUGGACAAUGAUGAUGAUGAUGACGAUGACACUGAUGACGGCGGCCGCAGCGGCCCUUCCCUCUUGAUAUCUCAAAUCAUUCUGCUACUCCAUACCCUGGUGACGGACCCCAAUACAGCCAACGUCGCCAACAUUCUCCAAAAACUCUCCGUAUCCCACGGAGGCUCCCAGCGGUACAUCCUCUCCCUUUCGAGACUCAACUUUGCCGAGGAAGAUUUGGUGUACGAGGCGGCCGUCGAUGCAGAUACGGUGGACAGGGCGCAUGAACUGCUGGAGCUUGCCGUAACUCCGGACGAAGGCGACAGUAUCGCAGCGUCCUUCGGGGUGUAAGCGGCUAAGACCACCUCUCCCCCCCUCCCACACCAAAAGCUCACCGUACCUGCAGAUAGGUAUGAUGCACUACCCGACGGCGGCGAACUGUCUAGUCCAAGUGUGUCGGCGACAGUCCAAAGGUGUAUGUAUGUACAGUACUGGCGGCAGUAAGUGAGUGGUCUGGCGCCGGUACCAUGGGCUUGUCAGAAUGACGGAUGCGGGUAUGCCAGGGGCGCCUCGAUUACCAAGGCGCGCCCUCUCUUUUUUUUUUUUUUUUUUUUUUUUAAUUGGUACGAGGCCGUCAAGAGAUUCCGCCGUUCGUGUCAUCACAUUGUUCCAUCACACUGAACUAGUAUAAACAUCGAGCAACUCUGAAAGCAUGAGACAUGGACUGGAGCCACCGAUUCGUAAUUGUGGCGGCCCAGCCAAGAGUUCCUGAGCUGGGAAUAUGGUGGGUGGGGUGGCUGUCGAGGUUCAGGCGGCACGCCACACACGCUCGCUUUUUUUCCUUCUUUUUUUCUUUUUUCUCUUUCGUAAGAUACCCUGGGUCUCAUUACGGGCCAGCCAGUCGGAAUUGGAAUUGUUCUAAAGCUGUCUGAAAAGCUGGUAACUCGGCCGAGAGAUUGCGGAAUGUCGAGUUUACGUUGCUCUUCUUCACACCCUUUCUCUUUCUCUCUAUUCCCCCUCUCCCCUUCUCUCCGCCUCGCUAUCUCUCUAUCUAGGACUGUGCCCUCUCUCUUCCUCUCGUCAAAGGGCCGUGCUUGAUGACAACGAGAAGAUCCUCGCCCGUAUGGAAACGAAGCCACAUACACGCCUACCAAGUCGCUCAGGCCCGACGGACUAAACGAUGGCUUCAUUCGACUGUGCUGAUCUCUGUGGCCUUACAAAGGCGCCGAAACGCACUGUCUAGCCGUGUCCGUCCGGACAGUGUUGACUACCUAGGAUAGUAACUGAUGGCGCUAGUCAAGCUGCAGGCAAAGCCUUUGCUCCCCCAGCCUUAGCGCGGACGAGUGAUGGCCCAAUGCAGCACGCACCCCCUGAGUCAAAGAGCUGCCUUUCGAGGUCUCAUCCGAUAGAGCAGCCACUUUCGGUUGUUCAUCCCAACUAUGCCCGCGCUGAUUGGGCCUGGACCCGUCAGGUCCGAGCCCGCUUCGUC